AAGAUAUAGAAAAAUACACUCUUAUUAUCUUUCAAAUUCUGAUAAAAAACUUCAACUUUAUGACAAAAAUCUAAAUAAUGAAGAGUUAUAUGAAAAUGAAAGUGAAUAUUUGGAAAGUUUAAUAUUAAAUAUUGCAGAUUUAGUAGAUUUAAUGUUAACAGAAUGUUUAGCAUCUGGAGAUGCAAUAUUUUCUUUAGAAUCUGUUACAAAUAAUUAG